AUGGUGCCUGUUGAUUUAGGGGCAAAAGGAAGUUGUUUAAUUGGCGGUGUUGUUGCUACAAAUGCUGGAGGGAUUAGAUUAAUUAGAUAUGGAUCUAUGCAUGCAAAUGUUACUGGACUUGAAGUGGUAUUGCCAAAUGAACAAGGUCAAAUUCUUCGUUUAGGCUCACCUCUACGUAAAGACAAUGCCGAUUUACAUUUACAUAAAUUGUUCAUAGGAUCAGAGGGGCAACUUGGAGUGAUUACUAAAGUGUUUAUGCAAGUUGUGCCGAGGCCGUUGUCUGUACAUUCUGCGAUGAUAGGUGUCAAUUCCUUCGAAAAAUGUCAACAAAUACUCAAACUAGGCAAACAAAUGCUUAACGAAAUAAUUUCUUCUUUUGAAUUUAUUGAUGGAGAAUCAAUGAAAAUGGUUAAAGAAAAUGCUGGGUUGGAUUGCCCUUUGAGUAUUUUGUCUAAUUUUUUUCUUUUAAUUGAAACUUCAGGUUCAAAUGAGGAACAUGAUUCGUCCAAAAUGGAUAAAUUUUUAACUAAAAUUUUGGAAAGUGGAUUGGCUGAAGACGGUGUUUUGGCUAAAAAUGCUUCUGAAGCAGACCAAUUAUGGAAAAUUAGAGAAAGUUGUCCUUUGGCAAUCAGAAAAGAUGGUUAUGUAUUUAAACACGACUUUUCUCUUCCUCUAAAAUAUUUUUAUGAAUUACCCGAAGCAGUUAGAAAACAAUUAAAUGGAAAAGCAAAAAGAAUAAUUUCGUUUGGACAUAUUGGUGAUGGAAAUGUACAUAUAAAUGUUUCUAUUCCUGAAUAUGAUCAAAAAAUUUAUGAUUUAUUAUAUCCAUUUGUCUAUGAAUGGGUCUAUUCAAAAGGCGGCAGUAUAUCAGCAGAGCAUGGAAUUGGACACGUAAAGAGAACCUUUCACCACAAUUUAGUUAACCCAAAGAUUAGAGAUAUAAGUUCAUCAAUUAAAAAAUUAUUUGAUCCAAAAGGAAUACUUUCCCCGUACAAAAUGAUUGAUUUCUAG